AUGUCCGGCAUCGAAGUCGUAGGCGUCGUUCUUGCCGUCCUGCCACUCGCCAUCGAGGCACUCAAAGCAUACAGGGCCAUGCUAUCACGGGUACGAGGUGCUGAUCGUGACUUGAAAGCCCUUAUCCAAGACCUCGAGACAGAACAAGUCCGCCUGCAAACAACGUGCGAGGUGCUACUCGAUGGCAUCGCGCCUCUAUCUCGGAUUGACGAGAUAGUCAAGAAGCCUUUUGGGCCCGAGUGGGAGCAGUUCAGCGACAAUAUCAGGGAGCGGCUGUGGACAACGAUGGGCACAUUCAAAGAGCAUGCCAAGGACAUGCAGGAGGCGGCUGAGGAACUGAGGGAGAAGCUAUGCAUCAAAGCAGAUGGCCAGGCCAAGCUGAAUAGCGCAAAGGCAAUACUAGAAGAAUACAAGAAAAGGGCAUCCUUCUCGCUAAGGAAGAAAGAUUACGAGAGCAUCAUCUCUCGUAUCAAGACGGCCAACUCAGUCUUGCACGAUCUCGCCGAUGAUAACCGCAAACUCGAGCCUAGCCGACGGCGACGGUCACAGGCCAGGGUCACGAGACUUAUUCGGGGCUUAUCUCAGAGCAUCUUCGACGGCCUGAAAAGUGCGGUAACGUGUCGAUGCGUCCAAUCGCACGACCUGUGUCUCGAGCUGGUGCCGAGGAGAGCUGCCCUUGUGCCCAGCGACGUGGAGGACGAGGUGGCAAAGAACCUCAACUUUCAUGUGGUGCUAGGGUCAUAUGGGAGCCCUGAUGCUGACACAAGCUGCUCUGUUCAGGGCGGGGAGGAAGUGAAGUUUCUGGAACAACCGAACCGCUGGGACAGUCUCCUUGUUCAGUUGGAGCCCAGGACUGAACAAAGUAUAAAGCCGCCUUCGUCAUUGAGUGUUCCCCCCAGUAACAGCAGAUCUCCAUCUCCACGCCCGAGAGUCCGGUUUCUUGGAUUGCUUAGUUCCAAGUCUAGGCUAGAGUCAACAUCCUCAGAAAAGACUCUGACCGUCGUCUCCGAAAAGACCACUGUCGCAAAAACAUCGCUGUUUCCACGAACGGCAUCACCACCUGUCCUCAGUUCGGGUCUAUGCCAGGUGGUAAUCGCAUGGCACAAGGAGCAAAGGAACCCAGCGGCCCCGUGCUGCGGAUAUAUCGCCGACCCUUAUCGCAUAUUCGGUCUCUACCCGCAGAACUAUUAUCCAGAACCAAGCCCGAUUAUCACGUUACGGCAGAUACUAGGAGGAGAACAUAACAAGUUUCAAGAGCUUGAUCUCUUGGAAAAGCUGAAAGUCGCGCUGGCUGUCUCUAUAAAUAUCCUCCAUCUCUACAAGACUCCCUGGUUAGCGCGAAUCCUGACCUUGGACGACAUUGUGUUCUUUCCGGGAAACCAGAAGACUGCGUACCAUUCAGACUCACCCGCCAGGUUUUCCAUGACCGGGACAUUCGUCAGAAUGCCUGUGGCAGCAGCACCCUCAGAGACUUCGCCGCAGAGGGAACCACGCAAACCAUCCAAAGCUAGCAACCAAAUAGUGCUGUCACUCGGUGCGAUGCUGAUCCAGGUGAUGAUCGGACAAGCCGAGCCGGCACUCGACAUGGCAACGGUGCCAGAUAUAGACCUCAAAGCCAUAAUGGAGAAGCGCGAAGCAGGUUUUCAGUUGAGGAAUAAGGUGCUAGAGGAGGUGGGGGAGAACUAUAUGAUGGCGGUGGAGUGGUGUCUGGACAACGUGCUGGGGAUUAUGGGGCUUGAGGAUGAGGACUUUUGUCAGAACUUCUAUGAGGGGGUUGUUGUGAGGCUGGAGAAGGAUGUGCAGCAGUUGAGUAACCGUUGUUGGGAGUAA